AUGCAACUGCUGGUGUACUCGGGCAGUUUACUAGUGACGAUCCUGAGCCUGAUCCUGUCGCUGUACUCGCUGCAAGCGCCGACAUGGAUCCGGUUCGACACGCCGGCGGGCUCGCCGCUCGCGUUCUCGUCGACAUACGGGCUGACGCAGAAAUGCGACCGGUCGAACCUGCACCCGGCGUUCGAGUGUCGGCGGUUCCCGGACCUCGGCCGCGACUGUUCGCCACCGCCGGCGCAGCUGCAUCCGUCGAACGGAACGAGCCACGGACACAUGGCGCCGCUGGGCGGAGGCACGGUGCGGGUCGAUGAGGACGGCCGGGCCGGGUUCGGGUUCUGCGAGCAAUGGAACACCGCAGCGUAUACCGCCCAGCUCAGCGUCGUGGUCGGCGUCCUCAACAUCUUCUCGACCUUCGUGAUCCUGCUCGGGAACAGCUAUCGGCACGCGCACGGCUGGAAGAUCUGUGCCGGCCUGCUCGCCAUCCACGCGUUUUUCCAGUCCGUGGCCUGGAUCUUGAUUGUCAAUGUCUUCAACCAAGACGGCCGGUUCUACUUCGGCUCCCGGCUGUCCACCGCCACCUACGUCUCCAUCGCCACCACGAUCGUCGACCUGCUGCUCCUCACCGCCCUCGUCGCCGCCGGGUUCACCGGCAUCUUCGCUUCCUCCUCCUCCACUGCCGCCCAGGACCGCAGCGACUACGAACGCAUCCAGUAA